AUGGAUUUCUUCGCGAAGCUAAAGAAUAAGUUGACGUCUCCUAAAGCGCCGCCUAGCCAUGCCGAGCAGCUGGGAAGAUUCAAUAGUAGCUGGAAUGCAGUUAGGUCUAUGCUGGAGCCGCCUACCGAUGAUAAAGACCGAAAACCAGCUCACGCCUCACUGACCGAUAUCCAUAAGCACCUCGAGACUAUGGCUGACGCACUCUGUAACGAAAGUCUCAGUUUAGAAGAUCAGAAUACUGGUCUCUGUAUGGAAGAAUUCCUACGCAAUGAUAUCCUUCAGAAACUUGUCGAUCUCUCUGAACCUGACGUUCCACCUGGUGUUCGUGGUGAGGUUCUCCGGACCGUCGCCUACAUGAUUGAAAUGUUGGACGAUCAGUUCCUUGUUCAACGGCCAGUACACGAGCCGACCGUAAAGUUAUUGCGGACAUGUGUACAAGAUCAACAACAAAGUGAGAUAUACCAUGAAGAUUUGGUCGAUUUAAUGUAUUACAUAUGUUGGAAGAUGAAGGGGUUUCCGGAUCUGCUUAAUAUUUUCUUCCAUGACCGGCAUUGGUUGACUACGCCGCAAAAGGCCGCACCGAAAAGUGUGUUGGCUCACGGUGGACAGAUGAGUGUUUCGUCCAGUAGCAGUCAAGAUGGGAAUCCUGACGAUGGAGUUUCCGUUACCAGCGGUGGUACUACAACGACACCGUUGAAGACAACAGAAUUCACCGAAGAGCCAGAGAAGCCGGAAUACGAAUUUUUGUUAUUCUCUUAUCUGUUACGGUUCGUACACAGAGAAGGUCGAAGUGGUGAUUUUGCCCGUACCGGUUUGCUGUUUAUCAUGGAUCUGGCUCAAGGUCAAUUGGGAGAUUUCAUUUUAGAGAGUGAUUUCGCCACAAUUAUGGCUGCUGGUUUGGGUGCUCUCUACUCACAGUUGCCUCGUAAAUUAAUGGUGAAAAGUUCUACUGGUGUACUUACUAGUGCUACGCUGUUGGGCUUUGGAGACAAUACCAGUGCGGAAAUGGAUCGCGCUCGGCAAAAUGGUAUUGAAGUGUCUUCGUCUCUAUCAUUCAAAGUGCAACUAGAUUCAUUCUGCAAGCUGUUGGAAUUUUGUCAGGACGUCUUAAACCGUUGUCCGAGUGUUGAUAUAUCCCAUGCUCUACUUUCAAAUAUCAAAUCCAUUUUUCUUGAAAAUAUUUUAUAUCCAUCAAUUAUGGAAUGCUCAGAUACAGAUGGUUCGGCUGUGGCUGUCAUAUCUUAUAUUGAUAUGAUUUUACAGUCUAUAGAGCAGGAAGAACUGGUUGAUGUUAUUGUCGGCUUUCUAAUGGAUUCAGAUAAUGACAACGAAGAUUUUUGGAAGAAAAAGGCUACGAGCAAGGCGCAAAAGCGACAAAGUACUAUUAAUCUUUUUGCCGGGGUUGAAGCCAGUACAAUUACAUCGUCACCUUAUUUUACCGCAGUUGGUCGAUUUACGCUUAAAGAUUUGAUUUUCUCUCGAUUGAAGUCGUCUUCACAACCAACUGUCAUCGCCGCUCUCAAAUUGCUCCACACAAUGAUUUCUAAACACUGUAGGUACUCGCUCAGACUUCUCAGUUUCGAACCGGACGAAAGCGCAACGUGUUUCCCUAAACCACACUACUUGGAAGAAAUGCGUCAGACAGAUUUCUUUGUUCCACCUAAUGUUGGUGGACCUCAAAAAUUGACAACCAUCAGUCAUCAUUCCAGAGAACUCGAUCUAUUUUUCUCGCUCAUUUCAAUAACCGAUCCUUCUAAUAAAUUGGAUGUUUUCACUAAUGGAUACGAAAACUACGUUCGUGAUGCUGAGGCAAUCAUUGAAGCUGAUCUUUGUUAUCGUAAAGGUCAAGACUUGGAGUGGAAUGAGGAAGGACCAUGCAAGCCUAAAGUAACGAAUAAUACAAGACAGAAGAUUUUAUACAGUCAGAGGGGGGCGGGGAAGCUUUCUUCAACGGGAAUAUCUGACGUUCCCAGGCAUAGGUUGAAUCCAACAGACCGGCAUAAUCCGAGCGAUUCGCUCCUGCAAAUACUGCUUGGAGCACUAGCUAAUUUUUUCGUAAACUCUCCCGAAUUAAACCUUGCACUGACUGGUGUCAUUUCUGCAUUAGCUAUGUGUCCUUAUAGAUCGUUAGAGGGUUGGCUUGUAUUCAGUAGUGUUGAUCGCAUCGAUCGUGGAGAUCGUCGAGAGGCUACGGCAAAGGAUUGGGAUAUCGAUGGUGAUUUCAAUUCGCUUUCGGUUGGGGACGACAAGCCACUCAACGAGCUGGUUGAUGAUGACGAUGAUAAGUCAGUUGACGAUAACGCGGAUACAACCCCAUCUGACGCUAAAGGUCUCGGAGGUGUACCCAAAUGGAAAAACUUCCCAAUAUUUUUUGCUAUUUUCAGAACCUUGACAAAACAAGUUGAAUACUAUCGUAGCAUGAUUGAUGGUUUUGAUGAGCAUUUGAAGAAACGUAGACAGGGUUUAUUGGAUACCGAGGAUGAGAUUGAUGAAAACUACUUCCGACAGCCAAUUCCAAUCAACACACCCCAACAACCAUCAAGGAGGCUGAGCAAUCCGGCAUAUCCGUCAUCUCUCAGCACAAUUGUGAGCAAUUCAUUUUCUUCCAGUCCGAGCCGUAGGGGAACUACAUCAUCAUUACCAGGACGUAACCAGAAGAUACCUUCUGUUCAUCGAGCAGAUACUGCACCGCCUGCACAAUCUUUAUCUAACGUGACUACUACUCUUGGUACCCAUUCUCGAGAGACGGAGAAUAUUAAAGUGCAACCACUGUUUCCGGCACAUUUCUCUACGAGGACUAAGACAAAGGAAGUUAAACCAAGUGAGAUUACGUUGAGUGCCUUGUUAAAUAAUAUUGUGAUUCUGGAAGAGGCUAUUAAGGAGUUGGUGGCUAUCAUACAAGUUAGACGAAGUUUAGGUAUCGAUGAAGUUAGAUAUCUUUAA